CGACAGAUAAUUAACCCAGUUAAUCAUUCACGGAUCAUGCUUUUUCAUUUUAAUAGUAUAUAUAUUAUUGUAUUACACAGAGAUCGUGGCUGCUUGAUCGCGGCUGCGUUGGGUGGUCCGUUAGCUUCCAAGCGUACUCAAUAAUCAUCCGUCGGAUCAGACCAAUCCAAGUGUCAGCAGCGAGCCAUCUGUAUCCCGACCCGUCACUUAACGGCGACGUGACAGCCUGACUGACUGCGUUGGGACUUCCCGUACGGAAUUAUCUCCGCGUCCGCAAUCUUCACGAGAAGGGAGAGGGAUAGAGACAGAGAGUCGUCUCAGCGCCUAAUCAUCAUUCAUCGCCAUGUCGCUCCUUCUUCCACCGAUAGAUCUACGCCGGCGCCGACGACAAGAUCCGCUCCUCUCUCUCCACCGUCAACCUUUCUAACUUCUUCCGAUUCCGCCGAUCAUCACUCGCUGGCCGCCUUCUCCAUCAGAAAAAAAAAAUGAUGGAGACUGAGCUCCACGAUGUUAAACCAGUGCCUCCCAAGGGCCACGUCAUCUCCCCCGAUUCUCCCUCAUCGGCGUCCCCCGUCGACGACGCCUCACAGAAGGACGACCGGCCGCUCCUCAAAUCCGACUCCUGCUCGUCCUCCUCCGGCCGAAUCUCCGCCGAGAGCCUCGAAGAGCUGAACAAGAAGUUCGCCGCGUUCGCCCGCCACGACGUCUACGGUCCGCUCGGCCGCGGGGAGCUGCCGCUCGUGGAGAAGCUCCUGCUCGGCGUCGCCUGCGUCACGCUCCUCCCGUUGCGCGUCGUGCUGGCCACCCUCAUCUUGUUCUUCUACUACUUGGUGUGUAGGAUUUGCACGCUCUUCUCCUCGCCCAAUCGGGACGAGGCGGCGGAGGAGCAGGAGGACUUCGCUCACAUGAGAGGGUGGCGGAGGACCGUCGUCGUCUCCUGUGGCAGGUUCCUCUCCAGGGUCAUGCUGUUUGUGUUUGGGUUCUAUUGGAUAAGCGAGAGUUUUAGGGAUUUAGAGCAAGAGCAAUCUCCGCCUCAAGGCAAGUCAUCCUCUCAGAACGAUGGCAAAAUCCAAUCACAACGACCUGAAAGACCAGGGGCGAUAGUAUGCAACCAUGUCUCGUAUGUUGAUAUUCUGUACCACAUGUCGUCGUCUUUUUCCAGCUUUGUUGCCAAGAGAUCAGUGGGUAAACUUCCUUUGGUCGGUCUCAUCAGCAAGUGCCUUGGAUGCGUCUUUGUCCAACGGGAGUCGAAGUCAUCUGACUUUAAAGGUGUUGCAGGUAUUGUGAUUGAGAGAGUUAAAGAAUCUCAUGAGGAUGAAUCUGCUCCCAUGAUGAUGUUAUUUCCUGAAGGAACCACUACUAAUGGGGACUUCCUCCUUCCUUUUAAGACGGGUGGAUUCUUAGCUGGGGCACCUGUUAUUCCAGUGAUUCUGCGGUAUCCAUACCAGAGGUUUAGUGCUGCCUGGGAUUCGAUAUCGGGGUUCCGUCAUGUUAUUCUUCUGUUGUGCCAAUUUGUAAAUCACUUGGAAGUGAUAAGGCUACCUGUUUACUACCCUUCCCAAGAAGAGAAGACUGACCCUAAACUAUAUGCUAAUAAUAUCCGGCGGUUGAUGGCACGCGAGGGUGAUCUAGUAAUGUCAGAUAUUGGACUAGCCGAGAAGAGAAUAUACAUUGCCGCACUCAAUGGUAAUAAUAGCCUGCCUAGUGUUUUGCAUCACAAAGACGAUUGAUAAAUUUCAUCCUGGCCUGGAUUCCCGAAUGAUAAUGUCACUUCUCUCUAUUGAGCUUCUUCUUAUGAUUAACAUUGUUGGUAGUUCAGUUCCCCCUUGAAAACGGUUAAAAAGAGGGAACUUUACGUUGUAUCGGUCGAAAACACUUCAUAUGUUCCUGUAACCCCGUUAUAGAGUAGAGACACAGUUUGGUCUGUUGUUCUGUUGUAGUAAAAGAAAAACUGAAGCAAUUUCCUCUGUUUCAUGUUCCUUUGCAGGUUUGUUAUCACAAUGCUAACUCUGGGGUUUGCCGUCUUGUCUGUGUAUAGUGAUGUACCAUUCAUUUAUAAAGAAGGAAACAGAGGAAAGAAACCCCUUAAAAGGAAGAAAGCGAAAAGGGGAGAAGAAAUGAUAUAUCAGGAAAGUAGCAAAUAGCGAUAAAUGGAUGUGCAGAACUAAACAAAGAUGUAAUUCUUUAGCUCAACCCUUUUGAACUGCUUUUUGCAGUGGCACACACACACACACCAUGUCAGUUAUCUGGAGCUUAACAACAGCAGUUUUUGCCUAUAUUGAGUUACAGCGCGCGUUGUUGUAUCCUCGAGACUCUUUCGGUC